AUGUUUCAAGAAGAUAAUAAAGUAGAGCGUUACUCUGUUGAAGAACAAAUUGACGAGUUAGAAGAUAAUUUAAACAGUAAAGAGAGUGAUAAUGUAGGAAUGGUGGAAAUUAAAUUAUCACGGUUGACCCAGAAAAUAAUCGGUUGUGAAAUUGGUGAAAAUGUGUCAACUGAAUAUCCAUGGAAGUUUGUUAAGAAAGAAGUAAUUGAAGACAAUCUGGAUCUACACUGUGACAGCAGUGAAUUUUUUCCAAUACGCGAUAAAAUAUUUAAGUAUCCGGAUGAAAAUAUUCUUAUCGGUUAUGUAUCGGGUAAUUUAAAUUAUGGGAAAUUUAUAAUGUGCCUUUCUGAGUCUAGUCGAGAUCUUGUCAUACAUCAAAUUGAAGCCUCGAGAACCGAAAAUGAAAAUCGUGUAAAAAAUUAUAUUUAUAAAACUGCUCGUUAUUGGAGAGAUUUAGGAAGUGGUGGAGAAAUUGAUGAAACUAUUGUAAAAAAUUCCCGACCUUUUUAUGAAAUAGAAAUAAAAAAAUCAAAAAGCGGAAGCUCUUUGAGAAAAUUGGUAAGCCGCAACGCUGAAGAACAGAGAGACGGUUAUGUAGAGCUCGUGGCUACAAGACAAAACUUUAACAACGUAUCUCGAAGACUGGUUUCACGAGGUAACCAAGCUAAUCCAGUGACUAGUGACAACGUGGUGCAGACGACAACGUGGACUCCCAUAAACUCGUGGUUUCAGUACUCGUAUGACUACAAACCGAUCAAUACAGCGGCUUACAAUCAAGAGCUGAAACGAGCUACUAGAAAAUUUCUUGAACGUUACACUGAGUUUACAUGCGAACAAGUUUUUUGGAAUGCCACUUGGGAUUUACAUGCAGACGAUUGCAGGAAUUUAGUGCAGGAUGAGUGUGAUACCCAAGUACCAGCCUCUCUAGCUUUCACUGAGUACCAAAGUUACUGCGAUAUUAAAUUGACCGGAAACAAAGUUAUCAGUGACCUUUGCUGGCAUCCAUUGAUAAGCAACAUUGUUGUAGCUGCUUAUGCAACACAUUCAAAAAGCCAGAGCACUGUGGAACGACAUCAAGACAAUAAUAUCUUACGAGCAUGCCAUGAAGAUAACCAAGUUCUCUUGUGGUCUUUGGAUGACUGCCUUGUGCCAAAGUUUAUUCUCAAGUCUCAUCGUGAAGUGACCGCUGUUUCUAUUAGACCACUCGAUGGGAAUGUCAUUAUUGGAGGUUGCUCAAAUGGCCAGAUAGCAAUUUGGUCAAUUUCAGACCAAAUUGAACGCUUGAAACAAAAUUUAGUUAGUGACGACGAUACACAAAUAAAGUAUCGCAUGACGAUGAAAAAUCUGAUGAACUGGAUGAAAGAGACAACCAGUCCGACGAUGAUUUAUCCUACGGCAAUGUCCUCGAUUAGAAACAGCCAGACCAGUGCUAUAACUCAGAUAAUCUGGCUGGCGAGUUACAGUAAGCUCAACGAGAAUGGAAAGUUGGUUGAGUUGGAAGAAAACUCCGACGUUGAAGAACUCGGCUGGCAGUUUGUGACAUCCAGUGAAGACGGCACUGUCGCCUUCUGGGAUCUGAGAGUGGGUGAAGAUAUUGAACUAAAUCUAGGUAUUGUGUCCAAGCAAAAAAAUAAAAUUAAAAAAAGUAAAAAACCUCAACAAGCACUUGUACGAUCGAUAUCGCCUCUAAAAAUACACGACGGUCUAUUCAGUCCAACGUAUAUGCUUGCUGUUGAAAAAACUAAACUCAACACAGAGUGUUCACGUGUUGUUGUCAUCACCACAAUCAGCUUUUACAUUCCGCAAAUCCAGCGAGUUGAAGUUGAGCCAUUUCCAAUCGGCUUGAGUCCCGACAACGCCGAUAAUAUUGGAGUACCAAGAUAUUACAAAUCCGUGAUAGAAAAACCAACAGGAACAUCAGAAAUGCAGAGAAUAAUCCUCGUGGGUACACUAGAUGGUGACGUAGGCCGUAUCACAUGGGAUGGUUUUGAUUUUGUCACAGGCUUAGAGAUAAACCGUGAAUCUGUACGAUGGAUCUGGCGAAGUGAAGGCAUUCAUGAUGGACCCGUCACUCAUUCAAUAAGAUCUGGCUAUCUUGAUGAUAUCGUAUUAACCAUUGGUGGAAAAAGCUUUGCCAUUUGGCGUGAGGAUUUUGAUGAACCUAUUUUUUUCAGGAGAUCUACGAUAAGAUACACCGCGUGCUCGUGGUACACUUGUCGCUCAACGGUCUUUAUACUGGCACGUGCAGACGGUACCAUUGAAUUCUGGGACUUGAUGGUCAAAAGUAACGAAGCUUGCUUCACACAAAGUCUCUCGGGUCAGAUCAUAACGGGAAUUUACCCACACGAGUUCACUAGAACGUUUAAAACCGCUGGUACUGGUGCUGCUGACCAGUGUGUAGCUUUUUGUGAUGUUAAUGGCACGAUGCGGGUCUUCACAGUACCACCGGACUUUUCAGUCUUCGAGGAGGGUAAUGUCGAGUGGAUGAGGGCAUUCGUGGACCGUGAGGUCAACAGAAUAGAAUUAACAAGACAAUAUACUCAGUCUUGGAUAGACAAGAAUGACGACAAGAGUAUCGGAAAAAUGAACAAUCAGUCUGAAGGACAUGCUGGACAAAAAGUUAUUGAGACUGUCGACAAAAAUUGUCAAGUGACUAAAAUCAAUGAAACGAUUAAAUCCAAACCAAAACGUACGAAACAAUUUAUUAAGGAAGCACAAAACAAUUGGAAGACAAUGGAAUCAAAACGUAUGCAACGAGUAAUUUUAGCAAAGAAGGGACUCCGUCCUGAGGAACUAGAGAAACGUCGUGAACCGGUACUGAAGCUACGACAGGAAGGACUAAAAAAAAAGGAAAAAAUUCGUGAUAUGAUGCAGCAGCAAGACCGGAUAUUCGAGGACACAGUGGCCUUCCUUUUUCCGGAACGGAACUACGACUACGGCUAUGGCUACAACCACGCCAACGUGACCACUAAAAUAGAGACCAUAAAGACGAAGAAACUCGAUCACAAGGACAGUAAGGGUGUCAGGAAAACUACUACGACCACUAGCACCACUACUUCUACUACUUCUACUACUACUACUACUACUGCUACUACUACUACUACUACUACGAUAACUAGUAAUGUUACAACGAAAACCUCCUUUAUUCAUUCCUCAAAGACCAAUUCGACUUUGGCUACGCCAGACAAUCUUCAACAGAUUAUACAUAACUUCCAACAAGUUACUGUGGAUUUGGAAAUUAUGCGGCAAAAUCAUGCAAGGAUGUCAGAUGAUUCUUUCGAUUGGCAGAAGACCUUGAUGGAGGCACAGAAACGCGACAUAGGUAAUUGA